AUGGAACCAUCCAGCGCCACCAAAGGCUUCUUCCAAACGAAGCCCUCUAUCCCGCCUCAGUAUCUCGAAGACCGGGCUCUGCAGCGCAUCAUUUCUCUACAUCUCCCCUCUCCAACUCCGCCAUCGAUAUCAGAAGAUCUGCUACGUUUCUCACGCCUGGUCCUUUCCAAGGCUAUUCUGGCAUCCGUCGCUGAUGCCGAGAGACACACUCCAUUUCUGAAACCUCUCACCUCUUUCGGGGCCGAGAACAGAGUUGACCCCUUAGUGACUAGUGAGGGAUGGCGAAAACUACAGGAAACAGGUAUCCAAGAGGGCAUUGUAGCUCUUGCAUACGAGACAGAAACGCAGUGCAAUCCGCGCGUGCACCAGUUCAUCAAAUACCAUAUCUGGAGCGGGAGCUCGGCUAUCGUCACUUGCCCUAGUGCGAUGACUGAUGGCGCUGCAAAACUGUUGGGGAAGCAUUUACAUGAUCAGAGCAAUGGAGCAAUAUUCGCCGAUGCUCGACGCAGGCUGGUCAGUCGGGAGAAGGGCUUUGCAUGGACAAGCGGGCAGUGGAUGACGGAGCGCAAGGGUGGAAGCGAUGUCCGAGGCACCGAGACCAUUGCAAUCAAACUGGAGACCAUAGACGAAACCGAUGGCUUGGAUGCGGACGGCCAGCAGCUCGGUCCCUGGAAAAUUGAUGGCUACAAGUGGUUCUCAUCCGCAACUGAUGCGAACAUGACCAUUCUUCUAGCCAAGACGGGGGAAGAUGGUCAAAUCAGCGCGUUUUAUGCGCCAUUGAGAAGACGAGUUGCAAAACAAGCCAAAGAAGAUGAUGUCUCGGAUGAUGGUGGCUACAAAACCGAGCUCAAUGGCAUACGCAUUCAACGGCUCAAAAGCAAACUCGGAACCAAGGGUCUACCCACAGCCGAGCUCGAGCUGAAGGGAAUGCGCGGCUACCUCAUUGGCAAAGAGGGCCAAGGAGUCAAGGAAAUAGCACACAUUCUGAGUAUCACGCGGAUGCAAAAUAUCGUUUCUUCAGUUGGUCUCUGGGGUCGCGGUCUUGCAGUCAGUCGGGCUUUUGCCUGCGUGCGAAGUGCUGGAGGAAAGCUGCUAUGCGAUAUUCCAGCACACGUACGGGGAUUGGCGCAGGAGCAUGUCAAGUAUACCGCGCACAUGCAUCUGUGUUAUUUUAUCGCUGCCCUGCUUGGUCGUUCGGAAGGCUUCUCAUCCGACAACGACAGCUCAACUGCAGCCGCAGCUGUCUCAAUACUCCCUACAGACAUCACCCAAGUCCACGCCCUCUACCGUCUGCUCACACCAGUAGCCAAAGCCCAAACGGCGCUUUCGUCCAUCAGCGGUCUGCGGGCUUGCAUGGAGAGUCUCGGCGGCGUUGGAUAUCUAGAAAACGACGACGACCCAGAGCUAAACAUCGCAAGACUAUACCGAGACGCCAACGUGCUGGCAAUCUGGGAGGGGACCACGGACAUUAUGGCGGACGAUUUUGUGCGAGCUGUAAAGGGGAAGGGAAAGCAAGGCGACGUCCUACUAAACACUUUGGAGUCAUGGCUCAAAUCAUCCUUCGAGAUGGGCAACAAAGCCGGUUUCGCGGAUGAAUGCCGUAGAUUGGGCGCGUUGGCGGACAGGCUUCUUCAAGACCUUCGGGUGAAAGAUAGGGAGGAACUGGCUUGGAGAGGUAGAGAUUAUCUUCGUGAUGUGGAUUUGCUGGUUUGUGCAUGUUUGUUGGUUUGCGAUGCGGCGAGGGACGCGGACCCGGUUGCCAGAGAAGUUGCAUUGAAAUGGAUUCAUGGUGCGUCUAAUGCUUCUCGGAGCUGGAGAGAGGAUGUUGUCUGGGAUCGAAGAAUUGUGUUUGGUAAGGAGGAGUUGGUGUCUUCCAAGUUAUGA